AUGGGGCCGCCCUGCUGGGACCCAUAUCCUGCCCCACCACUGCCCCAGUGCCAUUUUGGAGAGAACAGCACCGAGCUGAACCCUGGGCUGUUGCGAGCAGCGAGAGCUUGGGUGGGAGCGAGGGCGGCGCGCAGGGAGGGCCGGGCCGGGCCGGGGGGGCGCGGGGAGGGGUCGGGCCGGGGGUGCGGAGCGGAGCCGGGUUGGGCGCCGCGGGCCUCGCUACUCCUCACCAUGAUCCUCUUCUUCACCUACUUCUUCUAUUGCCUGCCCGGGCCCUGCGAGCCGCUGCCGCCCGCCUUGCUGCUGCCGCCGCCCGCUGCGCUCCCCGACGGCGCGGCUCCGACGGCAGCGGGCGACGCGGGCCCGGCGUUGGGCGGCGGCAGCCGGCGCUUCCCGCAAGCCAUCAUCGUGGGCGUGAAGAAGGGCGGGACGCGGGCGCUGCUGGAGUUCCUGCGGGUGCACCCCGGGGUGCGCGCGGUGGGCGCUGAGCCGCAUUUCUUCGACAGGUGCUACGAGAAGGGGCUGCGCUGGUACAGGAGCUUGAUGCCACGGACACUAGAGGGGCAGAUCACAAUGGAGAAGACCCCCAGCUACUUUGUCACCAAGGAGGCUCCGCGGCGCAUCUACAACAUGUCACGGGACACCAAGCUGAUCGUGGUGGUGCGCAACCCCGUCACCCGCGCCAUCUCGGACUACACGCAGACGCUUUCCAAAAACCCCACCAUCCCCAGCUUCCAAGACUUGGCCUUCAAAAACAUCAGCACGGGACUGAUCGACACGAGCUGGAGCGCAGUCAGGAUCGGGAUCUAUGCCAAGCACCUGGACAACUGGCUGCAGUACUUCCCCCUCUCCAAAUUCCUCUUUGUCAGCGGAGAGAGGCUGGUCAGUGACCCGGCUGGGGAGAUGGGCCGCGUCCAGGACUUCCUGGGUCUCAAGAGGGUGGUGACGGACAAACAUUUCUAUUUCAACCAGACAAAGGGCUUUCCCUGCCUGAAGAAGCCGGAGGGCAGCAGCAAGCCCCGCUGCCUUGGCAAGUCCAAGGGGCGGCCGCACCCCAAGAUCGAGGGGCAGGUGGUGCAGCGCCUGCAGGAGUUCUACAGACCCUUCAACAUGAAGUUUUACCAGAUGACGGGACAGGACUUUGGCUGGGACUGA